AUGAACCUGUGGACGGACGACAACGCCUCCAUGAUGGAGGCCUUCAUGGCCUCCGCCGACCUCCCCACCUUCCCCUGGGGGGCGACGGCCGGCGGCGGCAACUCGUCGGCCGCCGCGGCGCCGCCGCCGCCGCCGCAGCAGGUGCCGGCGGCGGCGGCGAUGGCGCCGGGGUUCAACCAGGACACGCUGCAGCAGCGGCUGCAGGCCAUGAUAGAGGGGUCCAGGGAGACCUGGACCUACGCCAUCUUCUGGCAGUCCUCCCUGGACGCGGCCACCGGCGCCUCGCUGCUCGGCUGGGGUGACGGCUACUACAAGGGCUGCGACGACGACAAGCGCAAGCAGAGGCCGCUCACGCCCGCCGCCCAGGCCGAGCAGGAGCACCGCAAACGCGUGCUCCGCGAGCUCAACUCCCUCAUCUCCGGCGCCGCGCCCGCGCCCGACGAGGCCGUCGAGGAGGAGGUCACCGACACCGAGUGGUUCUUCCUCGUUUCCAUGACGCAGUCGUUUCUCAACGGGUCCGGACUCCCCGGGCAGGCGCUCUUCGCCGGGCAGCCCACCUGGAUCGCCUCUGGCCUCUCCUCCGCGCCGUGCGAGCGCGCGCGCCAGGCCUACAACUUCGGCCUCCGCACCAUGGUCUGCUUCCCCGUCGGCACCGGGGUGCUCGAGCUCGGCUCCACCGACGUCGUGUUCCAGACCGCCGAGAGCAUGGCCAAGAUCCGCUCGCUCUUCGGGGGCGGAGCAGGGGGUGGCUCGUGGCCGCCCCUGCAGCCUCAGCCGCCGUCGCAGCAGCAGCCCGCCGCCGGAGCCGACCAGGCGGAGACGGACCCCUCCGUGCUAUGGCUCGCCGACGCGCCGGUCAUGGACAUCAAGGAUUCCUUGUCGCACCCGUCGGCCGAGAUCUCCGUCUCCAAGCCGCCGCCGCCGCCUCCGCCACAGAUCCAUUUUGAGAACGCGAGCACGAGCACUCUUACGGAGAACCCCAGCCCAUCCGUGCACGCGCCGCCACCCCAGCCGGCGCCGGCCGCUGCACCGCAGCGGCAGCACCAGCACCAGAAUCAGGCUCACCAGGGCCCGUUCCGCCGGGAGCUCAAUUUCUCCGACUUCGCUUCCACCAACCCUUCUUCCCUGGCGGCGACCCCGCCGUUCUUCAAGCCCGAGUCCGGCGAGAUCCUCAGCUUCGGCGCCGACAGCAACGCCAGGAGGAACCCGUCGCCGGCGCCUCCCGCCGCCACCGCCAGCCUCACCACCGCUCCCGGGAGCCUCUUCUCGCAGCACACGGCGACCAUGACACAGGCCGCCGCGGCGAACGACGCGAAGAACAACAAUAAGCGUUCAAUGGAGGCCACCUCCCGGGCGAGCAACACCAACCACCACCCGGCGGCGACGGCGAACGAGGGCAUGCUGUCCUUCUCGUCGGCGCCUACUACGCGGCCGUCGACGGGCACGGGCGCGCCGGCCAAGUCGGAGUCCGACCACUCGGACCUGGAUGCGUCUGUGCGCGAGGUGGAGAGCAGCCGCGUCGUGGCGCCGCCACCGGAGGCGGAGAAGCGGCCGCGAAAGCGCGGGCGGAAGCCGGCGAACGGGCGCGAGGAGCCGCUGAACCACGUGGAGGCGGAGCGGCAGCGGCGAGAGAAGCUGAACCAGCGCUUCUACGCGCUGCGCGCCGUGGUGCCCAACGUGUCCAAGAUGGACAAGGCGUCGUUGCUCGGCGACGCCAUCUCCUACAUCAACGAGCUCCGCGGCAAGCUGACGUCGCUGGGGUCCGAUAAGGACACGCUGCAGGCACAGAUCGAGGCGCUCAAGAAGGAGCGCGACGCGCGGCCACCCCCGCACGCCGCUGGGCUCGGUGGACACGACGGCGGGCCGCGCUGCCACGCGGUGGAGAUCGACGCCAAGAUCCUGGGUCUGGAGGCCAUGAUCCGCGUGCAGUGCCACAAGCGCAACCACCCGUCGGCGCGGCUGAUGACGGCGCUCCGCGAGCUGGACCUGGACGUCUACCACGCCAGCGUCUCCGUCGUCAAGGACCUCAUGAUCCAGCAGGUCGCGGUGAAGAUGGCCAGCCGCAUAUACUCGCAGGACCAGCUCAACGCCACGCUCUACAGCCGCCUCGCGGAGCCCGGGUCUGCCAUGGGCAGGUAA